AUGUUGAUUGCGCCUCAGAGAGGACCUCUUAAAGGUCAUUUAGUGCGAUAUGGACUUCGUUGGAUAAGGUCUCAAGUGCCCUUUAAAUUGGGGGAUGAUAGCAGCAAAUUCACAGAGCUAAAUGAGAUGUAUACCGACAUGUUCAGCCAAAAUACCAGCGGCAAAACUGUUGCAACACAAAGUGAAAAUUACAAAGAUAUGAUAGACGAGUUGAAUAAGGAAACUGAUCAGCUUUUUAAUUUCCAAUCUCAUAAGUUACAUCCAAAAGAGUUAGAAGAAAUAGUGAAAAAACCAGGCAGAUUUAUAAUUCAGAGUUUGUCAAAAAAUCCAUAUUACAAUUUGGCGCUGGAAAACUACGUGUUUAACAAUACUCCAUCUGGGCAUGAUAAGCAUAAUAAAUUUGGUAACCAAAGACUUCUUUUUUAUGUCAACAAAGAUUGUGUGGUGAUAGGUAAAAACCAAACAGUAUGGAAGGAGGUAUACUUAACAAGCCUCGCCAAAAGAGGUUAUGAACUUUUAAGACGGUUGUCCGGUGGAGGAACUGUAGUGCAUGAUUUGGGAAAUGUCAAUUAUUCUUUCAUUACUUCCAGAGAUGAAUUUGAGAGAGACUUUUUUAACAAAUUGAUCGUGCAAUGGUUAACGAGGGUAAAACCUGAGGGUCCUCUAGCUCUCAGUCAAAGAGGGGAUAUUGUUUUGGGCGACAAGAAAGUGAGCGGUAGUGCUUUCAAAAUCGCUAGAGGAAAGUCCUACCAUCAUGGAACCAUGUUAAUCAAUUCUAAUCUAGAUCAAUUUCAGGGCUUGUUGAAACCUUCAAAUAUUGCGGGGAUUACUUGGAAAUGCAAUAGUGUCGAUAGCGUCCGAUCAAAUGUCACAAAUGUCUUCUUAAACUCAACACAGGAAUUUAUGGAUAUAUGUAGUAGUGGCUUUAAACAACAUUAUGGGACCGCCGACCGUAAUAUACCAAUAUUGCUGUGUGAUGAAGAGAUCUCAGAAAUUGAUGAAAUUCAGGAUGAAAUAUCCAGGUUAAAGAGUGACAAAUGGAAGUAUCUUGCAGGUCCCAAGUUUUGUCUGAGCUUAGCCAAUGAAAACUGUUCAAUUACUGUAGAAAAAGGUAUUAUCACCGAAAGCUCGAUCCCGUCAAUAGUUGGCUCUUCUUUCUUAGAUUUUACAAAAGAUUUGGACAGUUUCCAGUUCAUUGACCGAAACCUUAUACUUUGA